UGCGCGCAAGUGCGAACGAGGUCAUAGAAUCAGCUAUAAGUGCAAUAUAUAAGCGUAAAACCCCGCUUCAGUCUUGCUUCUCUUGAAACCCUAGCCCUAGCCGUCUGUGUUGGAACCUUUGCAUUCUGCAGUCUUUCCUCUACUGCAACAAUGGGUAUUUCUCGUGAUUCUAUGCACAAGAGGAGGGCCACUGGUGGCAAGAAGAAGGCUUGGAGAAAGAAGAGAAAGUAUGAGCUCGGAAGGCAGCCUGCAAGCACAAAACUGUCUAGCAACAAGACAGUGAGGAGAAUUAGGGUUCGAGGUGGAAAUGUGAAGUGGCGUGCUUUGAGGCUUGAUACUGGAAACUACUCUUGGGGUAGUGAAGCUGUUACCCGAAAGACCAGAAUUCUUGAUGUGGUGUACAAUGCAUCUAACAAUGAGCUUGUUCGUACUCAAACUUUGGUGAAGAGUGCCAUUAUUCAGGUUGAUGCAGCACCUUUCAAGCAGUGGUAUCUUCAGCACUAUGGAGUUGACAUUGGCCGCAAGAAGAAAACUGCAGCUGCCAAGAAGGAAGGAGAGGAAGGUGAAGCUGCUACUGAGGAAGUGAAGAAGAGCAAUCAUGUUUUGAGAAAGCUGGAGAAGAGACAACAGAUCCGCAAGCUUGACCCACAUAUUGAAGAACAAUUUGGUGGUGGCCGUCUGCUAGCUUGCAUCUCAUCACGCCCCGGUCAGUGCGGCCGUGCUGAUGGGUACAUUUUGGAGGGCAAAGAGCUGGAGUUUUACAUGAAGAAGCUCCAGAGGAAGAAGGGAAAGGGAGCUGGUGCUGCCUAAAAUUUUGUUGUCUGAACUCCAUAUUAAGAUUAGACUUUUAUCUUUACAUUAAUUGUUGCCCUUCUGUUUGGAUCAUAGUUUUCUAUGAGAUGAGCAGUCAAAACUUGUAGCACCAACCAGGAUUUGUUGAAUUCUUAAUUAGAAUGACAGUGUCUUUUGUUUUACA